AAAAAAAAAAAAAAAAAAAAAAACGAAAGAAUCCAGCAAUAGAUUUUGAAAGAAAAUGGAAGACUUCACAAUUGUCGAAUCCAUCCGUCAGACAGAAGCUAUUGAAACACCUGAUAUCGUUGUCCAGGCGUUGAAGAAGCUAUAUUCCACAUUUCAGAUGCCGCCGGAUAACUUGGUCUCGGAUCGUGAUAACAAACCGCCGUCACAAGACGGAAUCAAUGCCCCAAAAAAUGUCUUCGUACAAGUACGAACGAAGUUCCUACCUCUGCUACGACAGCAACUUGUCGAUCUAUUGGCGUCACUACACAUAUCAAAUUGGGAAAAAGAACCCAGGCCGAGCCUUCCUGACGCCCUUACAAUCCUAUGUCAAAUAGCUUCAACACUGCAUCACCUCAGAUCCUCUACUAACUCAAUUCCUCUCGACCCAAGCCGAACACCUGAGAAGAAUUUACGAGCACCCGGCGGUUUGGAUUACUCCAGAUCUGUCGAUCUCCGAUCGAAAAUUGAGACCUUGCUACAGCAACAAAUCUGUGGACUAUUUCAACAAUACAUCCAGUUUAUCUUAACUUGGCAGUCAACAGACAGUCGUCCAAUCAGCUCCGAUCAAGAAGCUAAUCUGGCUCACCACAGAAAGGAGAUUAUUGGGAUGUCUACUCAAGCCUACGAUGACAUCAAGAAUAUAAUCAAAUGGCUCAAAGAUGAUGAAUUCGCAUGUAUCCAAGGCAGAUGGGAGGGGGAAGUAGAAUUCAUGAAUUUCAUUCUUCAGGAUUUAAUUUGGCGAAUUAAUGUACGAUCCCCGCAGAUAGAAGACUUUGAUCGGAUUCAAGAAGGCUCAUCUGGAAAACACUCUUCAAGUACAGCAAGUGAUCAAUACGAAGAUAGUCAACAUGAGUCCAGUCCUCCUGCUGAUCACGGAGAAGAUCCAUUUUUGAAGGGCGUCCGUGUCAGGGCACUUGCGGUUGAGCUUUUCAAGUCGAUUUUACCACUCGUCAAAGUGACACGAAUAUUCUUCAAUAAAAUAUCAAACACGACGACAAGUACGCUACCAUUUACGUUAGAAAGUAAAAUGAGCCUCGUGGACUUCUCAGGUUUAAUCUCGAAAGCCGGAUCACUCCCUUACGCAAUUUCCGAGUUGACACAGCUAUUAGAUGCUUUUCAGGAAAACAAGGAUCUUGCUAUCCAGCAACACAAUGAUCUUAAUUAUAAUGAUUUGUUGGAUGAUACCAAGGAUCAAUUUGACUUUGUUUCCAUGUACUUUGAUGCCUAUGUACUCUUAUUCGACUCUCAUCUAGUCCCUAUCUAUCCUCAUCCUCCCUCUCCAAAUAUCUUCAAAAAUUCGGUCCUCGAUUUGAUCGGACAGUUCCACCUGGCUGUUAGAGUUUUUAGAUAUGCUAUAGAAGUUUUCGAAGAAGCUAUAUCAUGAACUUGAUCUUUAUCUGCCUCUCGCAUUGCUGUAUUUCCUUCCCUUAUAUUCCUUGUGUCUUGAAUCAUUUUUCUCGAGCUUCCCUAUUUACAAGCUAAAUAAACACCUAUAUAUGUGUCUGAUAACUAAGAAAAAAAAGUUGCAUGAAUACAGCUCAGAUGGAUAACAUGAGUGCUAAUUUCAAGUGUGCUACAAAUUUG